AUAAAAAUAGAUAUUUAUUAGGAAAAGAAGAUAACAAUUAAUAAAAAAAACAACUUUGAAACUGUUGUUUCCUCUUUAUAAAAUAGAUCAUUUAGAUAAGAGCUUUCAUCGUCCGAAAAUUACUGAUAAGAAGCAUCCUUUGCGUACGUGUUGCUCUAAAGAUCUCUUAACAUUCUUUUAGUCAGUCGUCUUUAAACUCGCUAUUGUACAUUUUACAUGAUUGUCAGAUUUCAAAGGUGCUAUACGCAGACUUUUGCCUUUUCUCUUCUUCAGAUACGCCCUGAUACAGUACAGCAGUAUCCCCGCCCCCGUGCGCGCGCUCGCACUCCAUCCUCUGCACCCUUCUAUUUCUACUCGAGGCGUCGCGUCGCCGUUCGUCAGUAGUCUUUAGCGCGUCGCACGGUGCGUAGGCAUCUGGAAACGUGAUCUCUACUGUGCAACAGAAUACUCUCGCAUAAACAAAUCUCGAAUCGACACAGAGAUAUCCAAGGCGCGCGCGACAGAUUGCAUUUAGUUCAGUUCAACUCAGCUCAGCUCAGAGGCUGCAUCCUUGCUCUCGCAUCGUCGCCGUCGUCAUCAUCGAGAUGAAAUAGGUAGCAUCUUCCAUCCUCGAGAGAAAGAACUUUAUUCCCCGGUUUGCCGCCAAGACGAAGAAGGUGGAUGCUGCAAUUCUCGAAGACGUUACGUCGUAGCCGAGCAUCGUCGUUGCUGAUCAUGGCUCGUGACUGAUCUCCAGGGACCAGUCUCGAAUCGUCUGGAUGAACGUGAGAUAUCGAUUGUCGCUGAGCGUCGUGUCGAUGGACGUCGGUGCUUAAAGCAGACGUUCAAGCAUACGCACGUACGCAAGAGGUUCAUGACGGAAGCAGAGACGUGGAGUUACCCGACGCGUCAUCUCGCGCACGAGAGUUAUCUGCAUCGAUCGGUCCAGCCACGCGCAGAGGCGGGUAGAGUACGUUCGCACUAACACCGCCGCCCCUCGGGCCAGAAACAGUCUUUUCCGACUUCCUUUCGGAACCGCGUGGCUGCGAGGGUCAUGUUGUGUUCGCGCGAGUACGCGGGUGCAAUCUAUAGGAUCGUUCGGGGAGGAUCACGAGGAUCGCUCACGAGGACCUGAUCUCGCUGUGAGAGAUACUGAUAACCGUUCUGUGCGAUUGUCGCGCGUGUGUGUUCAAAGAAAGACGCGCUGAGUAGUCUUCUUCGGGUGUUUUCUUGGAAUUGUUAAGAGAUUCGAAGAAGAACUGUAUUUCUUUCGCGGAGACUUAAUACGUUUCAUUUGUGAGACUCGAGAGAGACGUACGUUGCUGUUGACUUUAUAGUAGGUUUAAUGGGACUUGAGCGGACGACACGUGUUCUUGUGAUCAUUGCCAAGCGAUAAUUGCAGCAUAAUGCUUCUCGGUGGUUGUGGAUAUUCCACUCAGAGUCAGAGCACGUCGCCCACGAGGAUCAACGUUUGGGGCAGUAUUUAUAGCCCUUUUCGAAAGUGAGUACUGCAUACGUGCUUGACUCGGUCGACCUGAUUGACCAUUGAUUGACCCAUUUGAUUUCUGUGAUGGCAAUAGUUACUUUUAUCAGCUACGCUGUACGAGAUUGCCUGUAAAAUGUAAAAUGAACUCACCAGCAUGCCGCCGUUGCAGGAGGUCACAAUGAGCCAAACUCUACCGUUGACAAAUGGUGGAGGCAGAAGAGCGUAUGGUGAAGGCUCCCCCAGGGAGGACGAAACAAUGUCACGAUCAGGAGGUGAUGGAGGAAGCAGUGGAAGUAGUGGAAUGGGUUACGGCAGAAGCAUGAAGGAGUACGAAGAUCAGCUGAGUAGCUUGAAGAAGGAGAAUUUUAACCUGAAGUUACGGAUUUUCUUUCUGGAGGAACGCAUGGGCGUCAGUUCCGCCGACAAGGCCGAGUUUGCAGUCAAGACUAACAUUGAGUUGCAGAUCGAGCUGGAAAAUUUGAGGAAGCAAUUGGAAAAAAAGCAAGAACUCCUCAACCAAGCCGCCACAGCGAUCAAGUUAUUUGAGGAGCAGAAGGAAGCGACCUCCCGGACUCAAGAACAAUACCAGCAAACGCUCGAAAAAGAGCGAGAAAAAGUAAUCAGGCUUGAAAGGGAACUGACAGAAUAUCGAAAUAGAGAACUGGAUGCGUCCACGUAUUACAAGGAGGCGUUCGGCAUCACUCCGGAGCAGGCGUUGAAGAACGCCGAGAAACUGCGACAAAUGGAAGAACUGGUGGCAUCCCUCGAAGCAGAAGUGAGACAGAUAACCAGCAGCUUGGACGAGGAGCGCAGCUGGGCGCUAGAAUUGGAGAACGAGCGGGAUCAGUUCAGAGAGCGGCUGGACGUGGAGACGCGGCUGCGGGAGAAGCUGGACGUGGACCGCGUGCGGAGCAUCCAGGAGCUGCGCGAGAACGCGAAGACGCUGGAGGAGCAGCUGUUCAAGAAGGACUCGGUUGUGCAACAGUACAGGAACGAUCUCGCCGAACGGGACAGACUGUUGAAGCAGAAGACCACGCUGCUGGAAGAGAAGUGCCAAGCGUACGAGGACAUUAGCCAGGUGUCCGAGAAGAAGAAGAAGCAGAUUGUUCAGCUGCGGGCGUCCGUGAAAACGCGCGACGACGCCCUCACGGAACUCAACAACAAGCAUCGCGCGUUACUAUCACAGUGCGAAAACAAGCGCUCGCCGCCCAGCAGCCCGUUGACUCUGAACUCGCUGAUGAACCGUUUGUCGCCGCCCAUGGGGCAGAGGGUGUCUUGCAUACAGAGGAACAGUGACGCCUACGAUUAUGACUCGAACACGGAAAAGGUGCGGGAGAAGUCGCCCUCAGGCGAGGAUGGCAGGAGGGAGGUCAAACAGCUGAUCAAGGAACUCGAGGAGAGGGACGGCGAGUUGAAACUUCUGCAGGAGUCCAGGAAGCAGCUGAUCCUGAAGCUGUGCAACGCUCAGAAGCAGACGGAGAGCACCGAACAGAAACUGAAAAAACUGGAGAACGAACACGAGAAGGCGGUACGGGCGAUACAGGGCUUUAUACAGCGCGAACAGCAGAUGCGGGACGUGGACUUGUGCAAGGAUCAGAGGAUCCUGAAGCUGGAGGAAGAACUGCGCGAGCAGAGGAGCGGUCACGCUCCCGUCUCUUUGAGGGAUCUCGGCGUCAAGAACGUAGACCAUCGCGAGAAGGAGUCCAGCAAACAGCAACGUUUCGAAGAAAUGGAGAGCAAGAUUAACGAUCUGCGCGACCAAAUCGAGACUAUUAAGGCCGAAAAGAGUCUCUUGGAAAAGCGGGUACAAGUCGAAUCUGAAGAGCUUCAAGAACGUCUUCACGACAAGGAGCAGAGGAUUCAGAUUCUGGAAAUAGAAAAACAGACCAUCACGGAGGAACUCAGGAACAAAAUCACCGAACUCGAUCAGCUAAAGCACUCCGAGGCGCGUAGCGACGAUGUCACCACCGAUCGCAACGAUAUUCUGCAGAGAGAAGAAGACCUACUCGAGCAGCUGAAUGAAAAGAACACCGAAAUCGAGGAGAAGAACCAGAAGAUCGAGCAGCUGACGAAGGAACUGCAGAUGAGAACUCAGAAUCUGCAGAAGCUCGUCAAUACCGAGCUGUGGAGCAAGAACAAGGAGAUCGCGAAGCUGCGCAAUCACAUGACCGCGUCGCACGGCCAGGAAAGGAUCCGCAGUAAGUCCGAGACCGCCCACGAAACUGACAGUUCGCAGUUGACGAGCUUGACUCGCGAGCUCGGCGAGAUUGGCGUCCGAGUGAUCUUCACGAACGAGACGGUGCGGCUCGCUUACACGAACGGGAACGAGACGAUGGACGUGAGAACGUUGGUCGAGCGCGUGCAGAGGCUGACGGCUCAGCGGGACGAUCUCGAGAAGCAGGUGGACUACCUGAAGUGGCUGAAGCUCGUGUCGAGGCCCGACAUCGCCGCGGAAAUCGAUGGCUGCGGCAACGAAACCGAGCGCGCGACGAAGUACUGCGAGCUGCUGCGCACGCACCUGAAGGACCUGGUCAGGUUCAUGAAGGAGAUGCUGAAGAACAGCGACCGCGCGGACCCCAUCGGCAACGAGCACAAGAAGAUCGUGUUGGACGUGCUGCUCAGCUCGAAGAUACUGUCGGACGAUUUCGUGCGCGCCCUCGAGGGUAUGUCCGUGCAGGACGACGUGAUCGCGAACGACAGGGCAGCAGUGGACGGUACCGCGAGGAGAAGCCGGUCCGAGAACGCCGCGGACGCUGGGAGGAAUCAAGCGUCGCAGUCGGACUCGGAGGCGUUCUCGGAACCCGACCGCACCGUCUCCAUGGCCAGGAUCGGGCUGCAAGAGAUGCAGCACAGGAACCCGGGCCGCUCCAGGUUUACGAAGUACGCGAAGGUCUGCAGCGACUCCGAGGACUCCGCAGAAUACGUGCCUUACUACAAGACCUACCAGAACGACCUGAACGACUUGGACGCGGGUCACCAGAUACAGGAGCUGAAGGAAAUGAAUAGUAUGCUGUACUCCGAGCUUAGCAGCCUGAGGAAUGAUCUGAUUACGAGAGUUUCUUUCGAUUGUGCAAUUGACGAACAAUUGGUUCCGUUCAUCGCGAAGCUGGAGAAGUCCGAGCGAUUCUGCGAAAAAUUGCAGGCUUCCUUGGAGAAGAGAAUACACGAGUUCCACGUGUUACGGAAGGAGAGCAAGCAGAACAGCCUUCGCAAGACGCAGCUCGAGAAGAAGAUCAACGACGUCGAGCAAAUCGCGAACGAGAUGAGCAAGCAGAGAGUGGAGUUUCUGCAGUACAAAGAAAACACCAACAAAAAAGCUACGGAAACGCUGUUGAUCCUUAACAAGGAGAACGAGUCGUUACGGGCGAGAAUUCAACAACUGGAGGAGGAGAGCAAAACCGCCAAGGCGACCAUAUCCACCCUGAGGAAGGAACUGGACCAUCUCACGCUCUCGCACAGCCAGAUACUCGUGGAGAACACGAAGCUGAUGAACGACAAGCUGAGGCUCGAGCAAGAGACCAGGAAGGCGGAGGGCCGCUACGACGCGACCGUACGCUCGCUGCACGACAAAUUUAGCAAGGAGAUAUCUGAUCUGAAUCAGAUCAACGACUCGCACCGUGCAAGAGUGCAGGAACUCGAAAUGGCGAAUAAAGAGUUCAGGAGACACAUGGCGGUGUGCGAGGCAAGCGACUCGGCGCCGAGCUCGAGCGGUGUGUCGUCGAUACCUACAGACGCCACGCUCAAGCAAGCUUGCGACGAUAUUCUGCAAGAAUAUCAGCCUUAUAACAACCUGCAGUAUUGGCAGCCAACGAAUUACUUGACAAUCGGAGGGCGUAGCAAGUCCAGUUGCUCGCCGGACUUGGGAAUAGAGAGCGAUGCCGCCAUCACCACGAUCAGGCCUUUGAAACAUACGUUGAAGAUCACCGAGUCUAUGACCAAUCUGCUGAGCGACGACGAUAACGAGAACGGUAAUCCCAGGGUUCGAGAUGCGAGCAGCGAAAGUCCAUUACCAGUUGAAGGACUGGACGAGAUGGAAGCUUUGAAGCAGGAAAACAAAGCGUUAAAGCAGAAACUGAUGAAAACCAGGAGAGCGUUGGAGGAAACGUUCGAACACCUGUCAGCCUCAAAUAAGAAUAAGAAGAACGUCGAAAAAGCGAUAAUAAAGCAGCUCAUGACCACGAGGAGUAUUCUCAAGAAGACAAGAACAUUUGACGAGCCUUUGGAAAAUUAACUGAACAAGCAUCGCGUAUGGCGAAUGAAAACCAAACAAAAGCAUCGUAAUAUUCUUACUCGUUUAAAUUGUGUUCUCAGAUUUGCUGUACAUUCAUCAAAAUGUAUCGUAUUCGAUCUAUUUCGCACUCUUCUCGCGUUUCUCCGAGAAAACCAACGCGAUACAUAUCAGGUACAAAAGAUUUAUAAUAUUCAUGAACGUUCUUUUCCUCUUUUUACACGUACUACAAAAUUUUUAAAAUAUUCUUAAACGAGAGCGAUAUUUUCGUACGAAUAUAGAGCGCUAUUUUCUAACGCUAAAACUAAGAGGAAGCGAAAGAUUGCAAAAACAAAGAGAGCUAAGACAAAAUUGUACAUUAAUACUUGUAUAUAUUUAUAUAGGAUAUGCACGCGUAUGUGUGUGAACGUCUUUACCUUCUUCCACCGUGGAAGAUCUCUUCCAGGUGCUGAACCAGGCGCGGGUCACGCGCCGAUGUUGAACCCGUUCUUCUUGUUCGUUGGCGUAUUUUAUUGAUUUUACGAGCAACAAAUUUCUGUAUGUGUGUACAUAAGUAUACGUAUAUAUAUAUAUAUAUCAUUAUGUAGCAUCUGUACAUAGUCGUUACCACGAAUAAUAAAGUGCCAUUUGACAUUUAA